AUGAACCUGGUGGGGGGCUACCAGCAUCACCACCACCACCACCAUCACCACCACAUGCUGCACGACCCUUUCCUCUUCGGGCCGGCGGCGCGGUGCCACCAGGAGCGCGCCUACUUCCCCGGCUGGGUGCUCAACCCGGCCGAGGCGACCCCCGAGCUCGCCGGGCAGAGCCCGAACUACGGCCCCGCCGAGUACGGCCCGGCCGGCCCGGGGCGGCUGGAGGCUUUCAGCGGCCGCCUGGGACGGAGAAAAGGUGUCGGGGGACCCAAGAAGGAACGGCGGAGGACGGAGAGCAUCAACAGCGCCUUCGCCGAGCUCCGCGAGUGCAUCCCCAACGUGCCCGCCGACACCAAGCUCUCCAAGAUCAAGACCCUGCGCCUGGCUACCAGCUACAUCGCCUACCUGAUGGAGGUGCUGGCCAAGGACAGCCAGCCCGGGGACACCGAGGGCUUCAAAGCCGAACUCAAGAAGGCGGACGGCAGGGAGAACAAGAGGAAAAGGGAGACGCAACCCGAGGUCUAUUCGCAGCCUCUGGGUCACGGCGAAAAGAAGCUGAAGGGCCGGACGGGUUGGCCCCAGCAGGUCUGGGCUCUGGAACUGAACCCCUGA